AUGUUACCUUUUAAUGUCGCAUCCUGUUUCUUAUUAAUUGUGACGGUUGCUGCGACAAAAAUUGAGCAUGACACCGAUAGGUUUCCACGUUUGUUCCAUUUGGACAAUUACGAGCGAUGUUUGUCGAAAAGGAAUGGCCUUUACUGUCUUGGUACGUUCCAACUCAGUUCUGACAGCCCAAAUUCGAUGUUUGACUCCUUAAAGGAGUAUUCAUCCAACUCCAUUCACUUUAAUCAUACUCUAUUACAUCGAGGCUACUGUGUUAGCUCCCGCUGCCAGUCUUCUGAACGCAACGCAACGCUUCGCUUCGAAAGAUGUGUUCAAGAUCGCACUCAGCUUUUAUCUAUGAACGCGACUUUAAAGACUCUGAAGUACUGUCGGAAAAGCAAACAAGCAAAGACGUUUGAAGAUAAUGAGCAACCAUACAUAAUAGUUGGAGCAGUAGUCGUUGUUUUGCUGGUCUUAAAUGCCAUUGGUACUGUGUAUCAUGCUGUUGUAGGAAAUAAAAAGAACAGUAUACUGAAUUCUUGGUCAGUAAAAGAGAAUUGGCGUCGUCUCGUUCGGACCUACGAUGACAGUGAUUCGAUUCGAGCCGCGCUGUCGCCUAUACAAGGAGCCAGGGUGCUCUUGCUAUUUUUCGUGGUAAUAGGACAUGCGAUUGAAAUAACCCAUAAAGUGCAUCUUGCUAACCCUAUUUUCUUAGAAACCGCUCAAAAAAACCCGAUGUCGAUAUUUUUCAAGAACGGCUCCUCAAUAGUCCAAGUAUUUGUAGUGGUCUCAAACUUCCUAUUUGCUUACAUGUUGCUAGCAUACUCUCAGAAGAACAAAGUCAGCAUCUCUAUGUUACCAUUGUCAAUUUUGUAUAGAAUUGUAAGAAUAUCACCAGUGUAUCUCCUAAUGGUAGGCUUCAAGUCUAGCUGGUGGCGGCUGGCUGGUGACGGCCCGCUGUGGUCAGACUUGGUCAUACCCGAGAGCGAUGUCUGCAGGAAGAAGUUCUGGUUGCACGCCUUCUAUUUGCAGAACCUGAUUGAACCUGAGAAAUGGUGUAUGCUGCAGUCUUGGUUCCUAGCGGUUGAUAUGCAACUCCAUUUUGUAACAUGCUUCUUGACUCUCGUUUUAUUGAACAAUCGCCGACGAGCUCUUUAUAUCAUUGGUGCGUUGUUUAUCGCCUCCUGCGUCGUCAAUUCUGGCUUAGCUUACAUCUAUGAUUGGAAACCUUUAAUGUAUUUGUUAUCACCUGAGGUGAUGCGCAACACAUUUGAGGGCGUGUCCUCGUUUUGGUAUUUCUACACUACCCCGUGGGGCAGUCUUCCCGCUUGCCUGCUCGGUCUGUUCGUAGCUCACCUACAUUUCUAUGCCAAAGAACAAGGAUAUCAAAUAAAAAAUACUAAGGUGCGCAUCAAAUGGCUAGUACAACUGUAUCACAUAGCAGUUCCGAUCUGUCUCGCUUGGGUACUCAGCGGCUACAUUAUAUCAUCUUGGACCACGCGCCGCUCCACGGCCACGUACAUUGCCAUCGAGAGACCAAUGUUCUCCGCUUUAUCAGCUCUGCUCCUGUAUGGCUCUACUGAUAAACUUGAUAACUGCUAUAGACGUUUUAUGGCGUGGAGCGGCUGGCAGGUGCCGGCGCGACUGUCGCUAUGCGUGUUGGUGCUGCAUCGCACCAUCAAUAUUACGCUGGUCGCCAUCCGCACCGCUGCUGUUACUACUUCUGUAUUUGCUAUUGCAACAGAUGUUAUCAUAACGAUGUUCGCUUCAUAUCUACUGGCAAUACCUUUAAUGGUGCUCGUAGAAAUGCCAAUACAACGCACAUUUGUUACAUAUAUCACAAGAGGGAAGCAGUAUGAAUAGCAACACGUACACUGCAACAUGUU